AUGCCUAUUCCGGAACCCCCUGAAUCACUUCCUGGCGAAUCUACAAGCGAUGCCCAGCUCAGCGACUACGAAAAGUUGCGGGCUGCCAAGAUUGAAAAGCAUAAUGCUUUGCUCCGAUCCUUGGGGUUGAUUUCAGCGCAAGAGGAGCUCGAGUCGAAUGCUCUCGCUUGGCAUAAGUCUCUGCCCACUAAUGCAAAACGCAAGCGUCAAGAAGAUGCUACUGGGAAUCCCCAAAAGUCUUCCAAGUUGGCGGCCAAGACCGCGUUACCACCCAGUCGACAAUCGUUGCGUCAACGAGGCAAGGAACCCGACGGAAGUGAAGUUCCUCCCUCUCUGAAGGCCGAAUCCAUACAAGAAAUGCGACAAUCUCGUGUUCUAGAGUGUCGUCAAGUCCGAUUAGAGCGGGCUCGCCAAUACAAUGACAAAGUGACGAAUGGCACUGGCAAAAUGAACAGAGCGGAUGAUCCGACUGGUAAAUUAUAUGACCAUACCUAUUACAGAAUCCAAAGCAUGACUGACAAGGCUUUGGAGGGUCGUAUCAAGGCUAUUGAACGGGCUGCGGGAAAACAGUGCAUUAUCAAAAUGGCCAUAUUCAAGAGUUGCUUGCAAGAUGUCGGCAUGUGGAAGUUGGCAGAAUUGGCAGGCGGAGCUUUGGAAAGGCUGAAAGAAAGUAGCGAGAUUGAAGAAGAAAAGACAACGAAAAAGAAAGGAAAGAACUGA